ACUCUCAUUCCUUAAUUUCCCUUCUCUUCCUUCUUUGCCUUUCUUCACUCUUCUCUUUUUGGUUCUCCUUUAUUUUUUCCUACUCUUCUCUUCAAGAUGACCGGUGUUGCUGAUGAAGGUACUGUGACCCUUGAUAUGCUGAAGCAGUUAAUGUCUCAGUUUGCAAAGGAAAGGGAUUGGGAGCGAUUUCAUAGUCCAAGGAACCUUCUUUUGGCUCUGGUGGGUGAAGUAGGAGAAUUGUCUGAGAUAUUUCAGUGGAAAGGUGAGGUUCCAAAGGGUCUUCCAAAUUGGAAAGAGGAGGAAAAGGUUCAUCUUGGGGAAGAGUUAUCUGAUGUAUUGCUCUACCUUGUGAGGCUCUCUGACAUUUGUGGCGUUGAUCUUGGCAAAGCUGCUUUGAGAAAGGUUGAACUCAAUGCUAUAAAAUACCCUGCAAAAGUGUGCAAAGAGGUUUCAACCAAACAAGAUGAGGACUCCUCUGCCACCGUCACUUGUACCAAUAAUGGCACUGCCACUGAUGGUGAUACAUAAUGUGUAGUGAAUGUCUUUAGCUGAAUUACGGGCACUUUGGUGGAUUUUGUACAAUGGUUUGUUCUGUGCUACCAUUGCAUGAAAACUACUGUCUCGUGGUUUGGUACAUUUGUUCUCAGUUUUUUGUUACUGUUUUGACAGAAUCAAAUCCCCGUGACAGAUAUGAGAUUUGAUGGUUUCUCUUUCUUCCGUUUUUGGUUAAUUUGCUUUUUAUAUUUUGGGAACAAUUCAAUUAUGAUGCAUUAUUAGAACCGCCAAUUCUCUCAUAUAUGAUUUCUUUCCCGAAUC